UCACAAGUAAAAAAGGCCAACUUCCUUAAAGGGACCUUGAAUCACAGAAUCAUCAAAGUUGGAAGAGACCUUUAAGAUCCUCGAUCAAGUCGAACCAUCAACCCAGCACUACCACUGUAACCCCUAAGCCAUGUCACCCAGCGCCAGGUCCAGAUGCCUGCUAAACACCACCUUGGACGGAGACUCCACUACCUCUCUGGGCAACCUAUUCCAAUGCCUGACCAUCCUAACAGGGAAAAUUUUUAAGAUGUGAGGGUGGUGAGGCCCUGGCACAGGUUGCCCAGAGAAGCUGUGGCUGCCCCAUCCUUGGAAGUGUCCAAGGCCAGACUGGACGGGGCUUGGAGCAACCAGGGCUAGUGGAAGGUGUCCUGCCCAUGGCAGGAGGUUGGAACUGGUUGGUCUCUAAGGUCCCCUUCCAGCCCAAACCGUCCCGUGAUUCUGUGAUAAGCUGAGACCGGGGAGACUCAGCUCAAGGCCAUUUCCCCUUGUGCCCUCACCGCAGGCCCGGUGGCGGGCACCGACCCGCACCUCCCUACACCCUUCCUUUAGGUAACGGCAGAGAGCGCGAAAAGGCCCCCCCGAGCCCCCUUUUCUCCAGCUUAAACACCCCCAGCUCCCUCAGCCGCUCCUCCUGGGACACGGUCCUCUACACCCUUCGCAAGCCUUGUCGCCCUUCGUUGGACACGCACGUUUCCCGCACACGUUUCCCGGAGCCGAGGCCCGAGGCGCUCCCCUCCCUCCCUCCCUCUCCUGCGGGCCGGGGGAGCGGCUCAGCCCCGGCUCUUCCCCCGUCACGGCCGCUCCCUUCCCUUUUUUUUCUUUUCCCCCUCUUUCCCUCCGUCCCUCCCUGCGCGGCCCCUCCCGCCCCAUCCGGCGCGGCCGUGACGCCCGGCGCGCCCAUUGGCCGGUUCAAUAGUCGCGGGCUACUUGAACGGCGCGGGCGGCUCCAGGCGCGCCCGUCCCGGCCCCGCCGCCCCGGCCCCGGCCCCGCCGCGGCGUUCCCCCCGCCGUGCUCUCUCCCCGCUGUGUCCCCGCACGCCCCUCCCGGCCCCCCCCGCCGCCGCCGCCGCCAUGCUGGAGCAGGAGAACCAGGAGAACAUCCCCCCGCCGGGCGGCAAAGCGGCGCCGCCGCCCGCCGGCCCCCGCGUGGCGCUGGGGGUGCUGCGGGGCGCGCAGGAGCGCCCGGGGCUCUCCCUGCAGGCGGCGCGGGGCGGCUGCGAGGGCCAUGGAGCGGCGGCGGGGAGGCACCAGCCCUUCUCCAUCCAUGUGGACGAGCCCGAUGGGGAGCGGGAGCGGCGGCCGCGGGGCGCGAGGCACAAGGAGGACGCGGCGCUGGGGCUGCGUGCGGCCGUGUGUGUCCUGGGGGAGCGGCGGCCCCUGGCCCCCCUGGGCAACGCCAUGGAGCUGAGCUUCGACUCUCCAAGUAUUAUGGAUAUUUCAAUAACCUCAGAAACCGAAGAGACAAAACCAAACGUUAAUAAUGUGCCAGACUAUAUCAGCGAAAUCCAUACGUACCUUAGGGAAAUGGAGGUGAAAUGCAAGCCUAAAAUAGGCUACAUGAGGAAGCAACCUGACAUCACAAACAGCAUGCGGGCUAUUCUUGUGGACUGGCUGGUGGAAGUUGGAGAAGAAUACAAACUACAGAAUGAAACCCUGCACUUAGCUGUAAAUUACAUUGAUAGGUUUCUUUCUUCAAUGUCUGUUUUGAGAGGAAAACUUCAGCUUGUGGGUACUGCAGCCAUGCUGCUUGCAUCAAAGUUUGAAGAAAUCUACCCUCCCGAAGUAGCCGAGUUUGUCUACAUCACAGAUGACACCUACACCAAGAAGCAGGUUCUAAGGAUGGAGCACUUAAUUUUGAAGGUUUUGUCGUUUGACUUGGCAGCUCCAACAAUCAACCAGUUCCUCACCCAGUACUUUUUACAUCAGCAGACAGAUGCUAAAAUGGAGAGCCUCUCAAUGUACCUUGGGGAGCUGAGUCUAAUUGAUGCUGAUCCUUACCUGAAAUACUUGCCAUCAGUUAUUGCUGCUGCAGCAUUUCUUUUAGCAGACUACACACUCACUGGACGAACUUGGCCUGAAUCCCUGUGCAAAGUAACUGGCUACACCCUUGAAGACAUCAAGCCUUGCCUCAUGGACCUACACAACACCUACCUCAAAGCAGCCCAGCACACACAACAGUCCAUAAGGGAAAAGUACAAGAGUACAAAGUACCAUGAAGUAUCGCUUAUUGACCCGCCAGACACACUAAACUUAUUGUAAUAAUCAAGAGACUGAUCUUUUCAACAGAUGUAUAUUACCAGGAAAUGAUGUACAGUUUUAAACAUGGUUCAGAAUUCUAGAUGUGAUCACUCAGAAUACAGGCUUUGAUGACUUUAAUUAUGAAGUUAGUUUUAUGAGGGUUUAAUGUAAAUCUUUUGUACAUGCAAUCUUGUUAAAGAGUUUUAACCGUGUUUUUAUCCAAAUGUUUUCUUCAGGCACAGAAUUAACCAUGCAGACUGUGUGAGGUCUGAGACUGCCUAACUACUUAUAGCCUAAAAGUUAAUAUUAGGGGUGCACUAUUAUAGUGGGGCUUUUUCUCCUUUGGGUAAGAAAGACUUGGGCUCCACAGCAGUAUUUGUAGCAUUUUUAUACUGUCUAGUUUAAACUGAGACUUAGCAUAGAUCCAAAGUGUGGCUUCAUGUCUGUUAUACCGGAAGAAACUGUAUGGCUGUGAGGAGAACACCUUGCUGGAAUGGACUCGUGAGCCUCUCUUAGGAUGUGCCUUGUGAUUUAGUGCCAGAGCUUCAUCAGGCUGAAUGCUCUGCUGCAGGGGCUGCACGGUUAAAACUCCUGCACCAGUUCAUACUUCUCACUGCCACUACAUAGAAAAUGGUCUUGCUACAGGUAUUUUCUUGUGCAUGUGUAAAACUGAUACUAAUAAACCCACGGAGUUCCCAGGGACAUGUUAGCUGUCCCCAAAGCCCAUCAAUACCUACUAAAAAAAAAAAGAGUCUUCAGUCUGCUUACCUUGUACCUCUUUAAGGGUGGUGGAGGGAUUAAACUGCUGGAGGGUGAACUACUGCUCUGUGCCCUCAAGGGGAGGAAAUGUCUUCUGGCAUGGAUGGGCUACGUGCAGAACUGUAUGGGUUCUGUACACCCCUCGUGCUUGGAGAGAGCUCCUCCGCAGCAAAAAUGUAGACCAACUGGUUGUAUUUUUCCUUAGUUCUGGAACUCUGUUACAUGAGCAAACAUAAUCAGCAUUAGAUCCAAUGGAUGUUUACCUUCAGCCUGUGUAAAUGGAGUGAUGCUGCCCUGUACCUGCUGUUCUCUGCAUGUAAAGCAGUGAGUGCACAGAAGUGGGGUUGAAUUAAGCCAUUUCCAGGUUGGCCAAUAAACAGUUCUUGUAUCUGAUGUUAGUGGUCUUGCUAAUACCUUAAAACCACUGAGGAGAAGUACUGCCAUCUUAAACUGGCAUUCAUUUCUAAAGCUUUUUGGCAAGGUGAAACCUUUGCCUCUGACUUGAAGCUGAUUCAACGCUGUCUGUCUGCUUAUCUGGGCACCCAGUAGUGAGCAGUAUAAACUCUCCAGAGAUGUCCAACAGCUGUCAGGGUGGGAGCUAUUUAAAUUUUUUUAAAUCAUCAGCCCUCUGUCAAGCUGGCAAGCACAUUAAUGUGAGACAACUCACAGGUCUCAUCUCACAGUAACUACAAACGUACUGUUCUGCCCCCACCCCUGCAGUCUGAGCCCUCCUGAACCACCUCAGGUACAAAACUAUCGAGUGGUGCUUAUCCUGUCAAAAUAUGCAGCAGAGGAGGCCUUUUUGGCCGAUAUGAGCUUCUUAAGAUGCACUUGGACUUUUAUGCAUGUUCUAAUUUUUAAUGGGAGAACAGUAUUUCAUUGGUCACUAGCCUUUAUUUAGCCUAAUUUCAGUAGGUUGCCACUGUAAAAGCUGAAACUAUCUGGGGGCAGCCUGCACAGUGUAUCAUGUCUGGUGCUUAGGAUUGGAAACACUCUAACCUUGCAGGGGUGAGAGUUUGUAUAUACAGGAAUGUGUUUUCCACGCUCGUGACCUUGGAAAGAUAACUCACAAUGCUGACUGGCAAUUAUUACUUGAAGACAACAGGCCACGGCACUCUUCCUGAGAAACUGGGUUCUGUCUUCCCUUUCCUUUUAGUGGUGUAUUCCAAGACUACUGAGAAAUAUCAACAUUGGAAAGAGGGUCAAUUAUUUUCCCCAGAACAGAGCAAGUAGCAGUACUGAGGUGAACGGACUUCAGGGGGUUUCAGUGUUAAUUUACUGCCUAAUGAAACACCUUUGCUCUAGUUUCAAGGAAGUUGUUCUGUUACUGUUCCGAUAACACAGAGAAAAAUUCUUCCAUGCUCCCUCAGCUUUACUUUUGCCAUACCAACAUGCCUUCCUCUACAGCCUAACAAAAAAAGCAUUAGUCCUGGGCUGGCACCUCUGCCCAGCAUGACUAUGUUCCUCCUUCCUCACUGGCAGCUCUUGCUGCUGCAGUGAGUACUAUCUUUUUUCCACUGCCUCAUUUUCUGAAGUUAAUAUGGGACAAUUCCAGCUUUUGCUACUAAGCUUUGAACAAAUUGUACUGUACUACUGUUAAGCCUAAUCAUUAACUUCUAGUCCUUUCAAACAGAAGGCUCUAAGGAAUGUAGCGAUGAGAUGUUGUGUGUGAAGAGAGAAAUAGCAGUGCAAAGGCUGUUCUUUUUUCUGAAGAAGUUUACAGUCCAGUGGUACCAUGGAAUUAAGAAGAAACUGCAUCUUCACCCGUUUUUGUACUCAGGACAGUGACUUUGGGUUGGAAGAACUGACACUAAGAAAAUGCACUGGGUUAGCAACAAGGAAAGAGAAAAGGUUUUGUGUGUUGGUCCCAUUCUAAAAGAGCACAACUUGACUAAAGCUUUGCAUGGCUGGGAGCAAUUUUAUAUUUUCUUUUACAUUAGAUUCUUAACUUCAUUUGGGGAAUGCAACAUCUGCAACAGUAACUUCUGUUCACAGCUCAUGUAACACUGAGGUCACAUGUAAAAUAGCCCUACUUUGCUCUUGUAAAUACGUGUGUGUUUCCAGUGUGACUUGUUUUCAAACAAAGCGCCCAGAUCAGAUAUUUUGGAACCUUCCUCAUCUCUUUGUUUUGCCCAAUUCUAAGUUCAGAGCAUAAUUCUUUGCCUAGAAGUUCAAGAAGCAUUCCUGUCUGUUGCAUGUAAUAUUUAAUUAAACUUUUUAAGAAACUCCA